GCAGGCGCUGUGGGAGGGAACACGAGAGCGAGGCUGUGAGCCGAGCUGGUCGCGCUGGGCACAGCUGCUCCGCUUCAGGUGUGAGAAGCAGCGGCGGUCUGGCUGAGAGCGAAAGGGCUAGCGCGGUUCUCUGAGCGGUGUGAGCGCGGUCACCAUGGAUCGACCCGAUGAGGGGCCUCCGGCCAAGGCCCGCCGCCUGAGCAGCUCGGAGCCCCCUCAGGAUGACCUGCCGCCGCCGCCACCGCCGCCGCCGCCGCCGCCGCUCCUGCGACUGCCCCUGCCUCCACCGGAGCAGCGACCGAGGCUCCGGGAGGAAACCGAGGCGGCACAGGUGCUGGCUGACAUGAGGGGGGUGGGACUGGGCCCCGCUCUGCCCCCGCCGCCGCCCUAUGUCAUUCUGGAGGAGGGGGGCGUCCGCGCAUACUUCACCCUGGGUUCUGGGGGUCCCGACUGGGAGCCUGUGAUCGAUUCCGAGUACGGGGGGGCGCCCCCUCCCAUGGAGAGCCUGGAAACACUCUCUCCUUCGGAGGCUUCAGGGGGAAGCCUGGAAAUCGACAUUCAGGUUACGGAGCCCAGCAGCUUUGUUGGAGAGAAGGCCCUAGAAACCUGUAGCGCAGGUGGGUGGGGGUACCAGAUGUUAGCUGGUCCCCAGGGGAAGCAAGAGACCAUCAUCAUAGUGGAAGAUGACGAGGAGGAUGAAAAGGAAAGUGUGAGGAAGAAGAGGAGAAGGAGGAGGAGGAGGAGGAAGCAGAGGAAGGUGAAGAAGGAAAGCAAAGAGAUGAAUGCAGAGAAGAUAGAGUGCAUCCUGCAGGCACUGGAAAACAUUCAGCUGGACCUGGAGGCGGUGAACAUCAAGGCAGGCAAGGCCUUCCUCCGUCUCAAGCGCAAGUUCAUCCAGAUGCGAAGACCUUUCCUGGAGCACAGAGACCUCAUCAUCCAGCAUAUCCCAGGUUUCUGGGUCAAAGCAUUCUUCAACCACCCCAAAAUUUCAAUCUUGAUCAACCAACGUGAUGAAGACAUUUUCCGCUACUUGACCAAUCUGCAGGUACAGGAUCUCAGACAUAUCUCCAUGGGCUACAAAAUGAAGCUGUACUUCCAGACAAACCCCUACUUCACAAACAUGGUGAUUGUCAAGGAGUUCCAGUGCAACCGCUCAGGUCGGCUGGUGUCUCACUCCACCCCAAUUCGCUGGCACCGGGGCCAGGAACCCCAGGCCCAAAGGCACAGGAUCCAGGAUACCAACCACAGCUUCUUCAGCUGGUUCUCAAACCACAGCCUCCCAGAGGCCAACAGGAUUGCUGAGAUUAUCAAGAAUGACCUGUGGGUUAACCCUCUGCGCUACUACAUGAUGGGAGAAGGGGGCUACAGGGCAAACAGAAAGAAGCAAGAAAAGGAAGAAAGGCUUUUCCACAGUAAAAACAGGGAUGAAUGUGAGGUGGUGAUCAUGGAAGACUUUGAUGACUAUCACAUAAUGGAAGACAUUAUUGGUGAGACCUCAGACAGUGAUGUUAUCACCGACAAUGAUACCAUUCAUGACAUCAAGAUCUCUGACUUCAUGGAGACCACCGACUGCUUCGAGACCACUGACAAUGAGAUAACUGACAUCAGCGAGAGCCUCUGUGACAGUGAGAGCCCAGACCACAAUGAGACCACCGACAUUGAGAGCCCUGAUGACAAUGAGACCACUGACAACAAUGAGAGUGCCGAUGAAAACGACAACCCUGAAGACAACACUGAUGACAAGGAGAACCCCAGUGGUGAUGACAAGAACCCUAAAGAUGGCAGCCACGGCAACAACCAGGACAGCAGCGACAGUGACAAUGAAGGAGACAACGAGGCCAGUGAUGAUGAAGAUAAUGAUGGCAACGAAGGUGACAAUGAAGGUAGUGAUGAUGAUGGCAAUGAAGGUGACAAUGAAGGUAGCGAUGAUGAUGACAGAGUCAUUGAUGAGUACGAGAAUGAUUUUGAAGACUCUGACAAGAAUCAGGAUAAGAACAAUCUGGAUGACUAUGAGGAUGAGGUAGAAAACAUCUUCGAAGACUCAUCAGUGGAGGAAGAGGAAGAGGAGGGCAGUGAGGAAGGCAGCGAGCAAGCUGGUGAGGACAGCGAUGAUGAGGAAGGAAGCGAGGAGGAAGAGGGAAUUGAAGAAGACUCUGAAGAUUCAGACAUGGAGGAGGUGCUUCAGGUCCAAAAUGCUUGGGCCAGUGGGGGGAAGAGGGGCAAAACGGGAUAAACAAACAUCUCACCCUUGCCCUUGAGGGGGCUGCCUCUGUAUUCCUCUCCCUCUACCCUAUUUGCCCACCCCCUCAGCUAGGGCCUUGAGGCCCCACAUUGCACUUCUGGGGGGUGACCGACUUCGUACACGGGUUUAAAGUUUAUUUUUAUGGUUUAGUAAAUUGCAGAGUUCUUAUUUUGGGAGGAGGGAAUGGGGGAUUCCCCCCUUUGGCCCUCCUCCCCCGCAGGCUUCUGUGUGCUGCUAUGUAUUUAUUGUGAUGCCUUGGUCAGGGCCCCUCUAUCCCCCUCCUCGUGCUGUAUGGAGUGGACACCCUUGAUCCCGAAGCGGGGAGGGCCGCUGUGGCCUUGGGGGGGCUCUGCUGCCACCCUGUUCUCCCAAGUCUCUCUCUUUCCCUCACCUUUCCCAGCUGUGCCCGCUAGCCCGCCUCGGUGUCUAUGCAAGGCCGCUUCGCCAUUGCGGUAUUCCUGUUCCCCCUCCCCCAGAAGUCCCCACCUCGUUCCCUGUUAACCCUGGUAAUCCUAAUAAAAUUCUGAGCAAAUUCAAA